AUUAAUGUUUACAACCAUCCGCCAUCAACUUCACUCAGCUGAACUGCACUACCUACUUCCUUUCUCAAGUUGCUUACCGAAGAUUGAAAGAUGGUGCAGCGAUUGACACUUCGUAGACGUUUGUCAUACAACACAAAGUCAAACAGGAGGCGAAUUGUUCGCACUCCAGGCGGUCGUCUCGUCUACCAAUACGUGAAGAAAACCCCCACAGUCCCGAAAUGUGGUCAGUGUAAGGAGAAGUUAAAGGGCAUCCGCCCAACACGUCCCUGCGAGCGUUCCCGCCUGUCCAAGCGCCAGAAGACCGUCCGCCGCACAUACGGAGGAGUCUUGUGUCACCGAUGCGUUCGCGAACGCAUCAUCCGAGCUUUCCUCAUCGAAGAACAGAAGAUCGUGAAGGCCCUCAAGAACCAACACGUUCAGCAAAAAUUAGCACAGAAGGCGGCCCAAAAGUCCGCGACUAAGGCUAAGAAAUAGAAGAUGAAGUUGGUAAUAAACGGAUAAGAUUUUUAAA